AUGUUUGACUCUAACGAUCGUCAGACCCACUACUUUAAGGAGGUGGAAAAGCCCGGUCUUCUUGGCGACGGCGUCAGCUCGUCGGAAAUCAUCUUUGUUGUCGUUAUUGUCGCUGCGCUUGCCAUAAUGCACCGCAUGAGUCGGCGUUACCCUUACUAUCCUCAGUCUGGUUAUGGCAUGUCUACAGCCGCUGGAGGGCUAGCUCGAGGCGGAGCACCAGGUCUAAUGCUGGGCCUAGGCCGAGGCAGAGAGUACGACCCGCUGAUGAUGGAGUACGACUCCUCAAUGAGGCGCCACCGCGAGAUUCCUCGUGGUGACGACCGCCGCCUUUUGACGUCUCCCUUGGACCGUCGACGUGACGAAUUUCGCCGCUUUCGACGCCGUCUUCGUGAUAAGCGUGAACGCCACCGCCGGGAACGGGAAGUGGAGAAGAUGGCGUGGGCUCAGCGCGAUGGCGAAGAGGAACGCCGUAAGCAAAUGCAACGCAACAUGAGACAAUUGAACCCGAUCGACGCUGCUUCAGUGCUGCAGCUGGUGUUUGACCGCGACCUGCUUGUCCCUACUGACGUCCCUACCAUCUACACGCUGCGGGACGGGUUCCGCCAUCAUAACCAAAUCAACCACAAUUACUCUCGCCGCGACCCUCGCUACCAGCUGGAGGCGUUCGCUCCCAGGUAUGGACGUUCUCGAUACAAUAACUAUACCCUGGAGUUUGACACCGACCCGCGAGGCUACGGGCCAUCGAUACGGCUGACCGUCCCCGCCUAA